AUGGGCAGUGGUGGCAACACUCUCAAAAGCUUCACCAUCCGACUCUCUUCCAAUAGCCAUUCAUUCUUCCAUGGAAAAAGCUUCAACGAAUCGCCUAUCAUCAGCCAAAGAUGGAGAGUUUACUCUUUGUCCUCUCCUCAUAAACUCACAAGUUUCAAAGGUUCUCCUUCUAUGCGUUCCUUUUCAACCUCGUCAUCGUCUUCAAAGGUGGGAUUAUUGGGAUGGUAUUUAGAGAAGCUUGAAUCCAAUCCUGUUAUUACAAAAUCUAUCUCAACUUCGAUUAUCUUUGCUUCUGCUGAUUUUACUUCUCAGAUGAUCACAUCAUCUUCUGGUUAUGACUUCGUACGGACAUUACGGAUGGCUGGAUAUGGAUUGCUUCUCUUGGGGCCAUCGCAACAUCUUUGGUUUAACUUUUUGUCAAAAGCUUUGCCUAAACGAGAUAUGCUGACUACCUUCAAGAAAAUGUUUUUGGGGCAGGCUGUCUUUGGGCCUCUGAUCACUUCGGUUUUCUUCUCCUACAAUGCGGCAUUACAAGGUGAAAAUGCUGAAGAGAUUGCUGCUAGAUUGAAGCGUGACCUCCUCCCAACAUUAAUAAAUGGUGCUAUGUUCUGGCCAACCUGUGAUUUUGUUACGUACAAAUUUGUACCGGUUCAUCUCCAGCCCCUAAUGAACAGUUCAUGUGCCUAUAUAUGGACAAUCUAUUUGACAUACAUGGCAAGCUUAAACAAAGUGAGCGUGGAGUAGAGAAAAUCUUUUAGUUUAACUCAACUGUCAAACUGAAAUUCGUCCUGGAAGACACGAUCGACAACUGAAAAGCAAUCUUUAGUAUCGAAUAUUUCAUAUAAUCGGUAGCCAUGCCUCUGGUUCUUUAGAGAUAGAAUUAUAUUGUCGCUCUCAUUCAGUUUUCGGGUCCGCUAUUUUCUUUAUUCAUUUAUUGAGCUAUUUACAUCUAUUGAAAUCGGACUGGCUGCUUGCUGGCUUCUUCUGUCUGGUUAGUACUAUGUGAAAAAACCCGUUAAUUUGGGUUGAAAACUGGUCAAUCAGUUAAAGCUGAUGAAGAGUUGCAGUGAAUCGGUGAAACAAUCUCUUUUC